UCUCCAGCCGCAGUGCCCGAGCGGUUUCCGGAGUAAGAUGGCUGCAGUACGUGUUCUCAGGACCUGGAGCCGGAACGCCGGGCAGCUGAUUUAUGUUCGCUAUUUUCACACCUGUAGUAAUGUGCACAUUUUGAAGCCAAAUUGUAUAUGUUUCCUUCGAUAUCCCUCCUUCAAGUAUGGCCAUCCACGGCACUUCCUAAAAACAUCUGCUGCUUUGCAAGGACAGAUUGUUCAGUUCAAACUCUCAGACAUCGGAGAAGGCAUUCGAGAAGUAACUGUCAAAGAAUGGUAUGUGAAAGAAGGAGAUACGGUAUCCCAGUUUGACAGCAUCUGUGAAGUUCAGAGCGAUAAAGCUUCGGUUACCAUCACGAGUCGUUACGAUGGCGUCAUUAAAAAGCUCUACUAUAACCUAGACGACAUCGCCUAUGUGGGGAAGCCAUUAGUAGACAUUGAGACCGAAGCUUUCAAAGAUUCUGAGGAAGAUGUUGUUGAAACUCCUGCUGUGUCCCAUGAGGAACACACACACCAAGAGAUCAAGGGCCAGAAAACACUGGCAACUCCUGCAGUUCGCCGACUGGCAAUGGAAAACAACGUAAGAACCAAGCCCUCGCAUGGACCAUUCAAGAAUGUUCCAGAUCCAAACUACAGCAAGGUCAUUGACCCAGUGGAGGCAACACACAGAGGAAGGAAGGAAGACUCAGGUCCUAAAGCCCAAGGGGACCAGCUCUGCGCGUCACUUGGCCAAGGGCACCAGGCUGCUUCUUUGGGAUUGCUGCAGUUCCCCAUCCUUAAUGCUUCUGUGGAUGAAAACUGCCAGAAUAUAAUAUACAAGGCGUCUCAUAACAUUGGGAUAGCGAUGGAUACUGAGCAGGGCUUGAUCGUCCCUAAUGUGAAAAAUAUUCAGGUCCGCUCUGUAUUUGAGAUUGCUGCAGAGCUGACCCGCUUACAGAAAUUGGGUUCAUCAGGUCAGCUCAGCACCCCAGACCUCACUGGAGGGACAUUUACUCUUUCCAACAUAGGAUCGAUUGGUGGUACCUAUGCCAAACCAGUGAUUCUGCCCCCCGAAGUAGCCAUUGGGGCCCUUGGAUCGAUUAAGGCUCUUCCCCGAUUUAACCAGAAAGGAGAAGUCUAUAAAGCACACAUAGUCAACGUGAGCUGGUCAGCUGAUCAUCGAAUUAUUGACGGCGCUACCAUGUCUCGCUUCUCCAACUUGUGGAAGUCCUACUUAGAAAACCCAGCUUUGAUGCUACUAGAUCUAAAAUGAACACUUGUAAGACAUCUUUGAACUUCCAAAGAAGAUGCAAAGCCUAGCUGUGCCAAGCUCAUAUUCUUCACUACAAUUUGUACCAUAAAUGACUUGUAUUAUGCGAUUGGGGUUCUAAUGCACAAUAGCACUGUUCUAUGAGACUUUUGUGGAAAAUGAAUAAUGGUGGGCUGGUUCCUAUGUGUUUUCCCGUUUUAUAGGUCAGAGUGUGGCUCCUUAAUAUGGUGCGGAGGUCUGUGUCAAGGUCAAGAAAACAAAAUUAAAGCUGGGAAUGUGGCUUAGUGGUAGAAUGCUUGCUUAGCAUGUACGA